AUGUUCUGUGAUUUAGUUGAUCACUACAGCAACAGACAGGAUGAGCUUCUUUGUUCGAAUCCUAUGACAUUUUUAUCUUUUAAUGACUUUUACUGCCAAUCCGGCCAAAGGCUACACCAUAAAGAAUAUGAAUGUGACAAGAUCAAGGACUGUGGAGACGACAGCGAUGAGAAAUUCUGCGUUCACACAACAUGUAACAGUGGACAGUGUCGUGCUGACUUAUGUCUACCUCUACAGUGGGACAAUAAUGUACAAGUUGACUGUUUCAUUUCUACGAUUAGUCUCCAGGAAUAUAUAGAUAGUUAUUUAAGCUUGCAAAAAAGUAAACCUCUAAUAAAUAAUAACAGAUGUGCAUUAGUAUGCGAUCCUGGCAUAUGUGUAAACAAAUCUCAGCACAGCGACUUGUUCAUAGACUGUAGAGGUCCUGAAGGCCUUAUAGCUCAGACCAUGGGAAAGCUAGAGUCUGCAAACGCUUGCAAGAAUAGCUUCGGACAUAAUAUGUGGGCUCCAAAAUGUCAUUACAUCAAAGAAAGACACGGAGGUAUUGUCGGGUGCACAGAUAUGUCACAUCUUAGAGACUGCGAGAACUUUCAAUGCAGUUACGGGUAUGUGAAGUGUUAUAACUCGUACUGUAUCCCUCAUCAUUAUCUUCGUGAUGGAAGAGAUGACUGUCCUACAGGAGAAGACGAGCAACUGUUCUACACUGGUCCAUGUACUGGGUAUUUUGCUUGCUGGGACAGCAACAUCUGUCUUCAUCCUGACCUAGUUUGUGAUGGGCAUACCGAUUGCCCGUAUGAAGAUGAUGAACUUGGCUGCCGCGAUGAUUGUCUUAAAGGUUUCCGGUGUAUUGCUGGGACAGUGUCCGUUUCUGAUUACAACAAAUCAGUUCCUUUAGACAUGACAAAAGUGUGUGCUAUGGAUCGACAGAUUAGAUACCUGGACCUGUCUGGAGUAGAGUUUUAUGAACUCAGCUUAUUUUUGCUUACUGCCCCAGGAGCAUUUCUGAAUUUAAAAGUCCUGAUCUUGUCUAAAUGCAAUAUAAGUGAGUUAUGUUUACCUUUAAUUUAUAACUACCCACCAUUUAUGAUUCAGAAACUGGACAUUAGCCACAACAGAUUUGAAGCCUUUGCAACCGAUGAAUACAACUAUUUUUACAAACACAUACAUUUUCUUAAUAUUUCUCACAAUCGUCUGCUGAAGUCGCUCAGAAAUUUACGGUUCAGUUUUCUAGAAAUAUUUGAUCUUUCCUUUACAAGUCUGUCUUAUCUAAACGAUUCAGUGUUCACAAAACUCCAUAGAUUAAAACAUCUAAAUUUGAGCAAUUCGUUGAUUUCAAAAUUUACGAGACAAUAUUUCAGCCCAAAACUGACACUGCAGACAUUAGAUUUACGAGGUAUUCUUACACAAGAUCUCGACGACUAUUUUUUUCAAAAUCUUACAAUUAGCCAGGCGUUGUAUUCGGAUCUUUUCCAGAUUUGCUGUCCACAGAUUCAGGGAUUAGUUAUUUCGCCUCGUGCGUGCAUUGCUCCUUUAAAUACAGAUGCCAUUUCCUCGUGUGGUAAUCUGCUAGGACUUGAUAUUCAGCGAUUUCUUCUCUGGAUUGUUGCAAUACUCGCACUUCUGGGAAACGUGACGGUCAUUGUGUAUCGUGUGAUCUGGGAUAGGUCAGUUCUCCAAACAGGAUACGGUCUGUUCGUGACCAACUUGGGUGUAUCUGACUUCAUCAUGGGAGUCUAUUUGUUCCUGAUUGCUGGGGCUGAUUCUUUCUACCGUGACAGUUAUGUUCUCUAUGACAAGAACUGGAGGAACGGAGUUGUAUGCAAGAUGGCUGGUUUUAUGGCCUGUCUCUCAUGUGAAGCAUCGACGUUCUUUGUUUUUCUGAUCACUCUCGACAGAUUUUUGGUGAUGAAGUUUCCAUUCGGUCAAGUAAAGUUUACGUGGUCUCACAAAACUAUCGCAGUUGUGAUGUCUUGGGUGGCAAGUGUCCUACUUUCACUUGUUCCCAUCGUGUUGAACUUUGACAUCUAUUCUUCCAACGCAAUGUGUCUUGGCUUGCCCUUAACAAACAACUACGCUAAAGGUUGGGAGUAUUCAGUGGCAGUUUUUAUUAUUUGUAACCUGAUAAUGUUUUUGUUUAUUGCGUGUGGUCAAUAUGCGAUCUUCCGUGCUAUGUCAGAGAGCAGAAUAUCUAAGACAGCAACUAGCAUGCCUUCUUCACGACGAGCUGAAGAUAUAACAGUAGCCAAACAACUGUCUCUUGUAAUUCUGUCUAAUUUCCUCUUCUGGUUUCCUGUGGGAAUCAUGGGACUGAUUUCUCUUGGAGGUCAUGAUGUCAGCAGUGAGGUUUAUGCCUGGACAACUGUUCUCCUUCUGCCCAUCAACUCCGCUGCAAACCCUGUUCUGUAUACUAUUCCCACCCUACUUGAGACAUGGAAAAAAUUUAAGCAUGGAAAUAAAAGGAAACCCAAUGUAAACGUACAAUAA